UGUCGUGGGCGCCCGGAAGCGCGGGGAUGCCCGGGGGGGGCGGGGCGCGGGCGGCCGCCAUGAGCAAGAGGAAUCAGGUCUCCUACGUGCGGCCGGCCGAGCCCGCCUUCCUCAGCCGCUUCAAGCGGCAGGUCGGGUAUCGGGAGGGCCCCACGGUGGACACCAAGAGAGAGCAGCUUCCCCUUGCAGAUGAUGAUAGUGACAAUGGCAGUGACAAGGAAGAUGAGCAGCCUCAAGUGGUAACACUGAAGAAAGGAGACUUGACUGCUGAAGAAGCAAUGAAAAUUAAACAGCAAAUCAAAGAGGCCUUAAAGUCAAAUGAAUCAGAUGAUGAACCAGAGCCUGCUGAUGGAAAAAUUAUGUUCAGGAAACCAGCCAAACGUUCAUCAGAGAAGUGUUUGGACUUCAAUGAAAGAAAUGUGGAACUGUCUUAAGCAAUCACUUCCUUAAGCAAUGGAUCAUGGAAAAAUUAAUAAUCACAAGAACUUUCUAAUAAAGGGGAAACCAAAGUAAGUACAUGGAACAUGGGGCUAGGACUGGAAAGGACAAUUUUCCUGGGUUUUCCUUCUCUCUUGUUCUUCUCUCCCUCCAUCCACAAUCCUUUUCCCCUGCCACAGUGGUGAAGGUAUAUGUAUUUAUUUUCUCAUGGGGCUUGCCCAGCUAAGUGUGAGAGAAGUGCUGAAGGAGCAAGGUGAGAGUAGCUGAGGCUUGUUGCCUAUUAUGGGAAUCUUGGUCAGAUGUGGCCCAUUACCUAAUAUAGGAACUUUGUACAGUUUUUAUUAGUAAAAUACUUGAAAUUUCAUGGUUCAUUAAUACUAAAACAUUUAUUGAUGGUGUUAGCUGAGCAGUAAGCUGGAACAAACCUGGUGAACUGUAGUAGCAUUGCAGCAGUUGAUGCUUAUAGCGGAGGCUUUUUACACUGCAGAGGUGCUUGGAUGUCAUUAGGAAAGGUGAGAUGCUCUGUUACCUUCACUUCUUUUGAAGAAACAAGAUCUUUCUCCAAAUAAUAGGAAUCAAGGUGAAUCAUCAAGAAUGCUGCAUUUUGAGAUAGAAUUGGAAGAACAGGGGACAGAAUGACCAAGAAAACACACGUGGGGGCAGGUGGCCUUGGAGUUCAUACCUUUGGUUGUAUUUCUGGUCUGAAAUAAAAGAAAAUUUGGUAUACUGCAAGUGUACAUUUAAUUGGCCUCAAGAGGAAGGGAUGAGUCAGAAUUCUAUUCUUAUAGUUUUUGAGUCCAGCGCUUUUCCAAGAAAUAUCAUUUGGAGGACCAAAGAUUGUGUUUUGUAGACAGUGAGCACAAGAAGCCUGUAUUUAACUGGUUUAAUUACACAUUUUUUUUAAGUUUCAUCACAGGACUUAACGUCCUUUUUUGCAGUGCUUCAGUAUAUAAUCCUGUUAGGAAGCUGCAGAUUUAUAAUGAGGCAGGAAGUAGCAAUGUCAUCGUUUCAGCUGAUUGUUUCCCUUCUGCUGUAGUGUAUUAACUAAGUAAUGCUUCACUUGGCUGUGCAGAGCCAAUUGCAUUCUCAAGGACAUCAGGCAUGCCUGAAGAUGAGUCAUUACCUUUUGUACAGCACAAGAGGAAUGAUAUGCAGUCUCAGCAAGUGUUUGUCCAUUGAAGUUGGUUAAUAACCUAUAGGCCUCUCCUGUGGCAAGAUGCCAUAAAUCAAUCCUUUGUGCAUUCAGCAAACAGAAAGGCUGGUGUAUCAGCUGCCUCUUCAGUAUCAUCCCUUUGUUCCCAUUCCUAGAGCAAGAUAUUAGUCUGCAGAGACAUUUUUCAUGUCAUAGACCUCCCCUUCUGCCCCACUUCCUUGAGAGCAUUCCACAGGCAGCAGUCACAAUGGUAGCCAUUAAAACCACUGGAGACACAGCACACAUGAGUGACUGCAAUCUCCUGUAGACUUCCUCAAGAUUUUGAGAACCUGUAAAAUCUCAGAACCGGCUCCUGGAAAGUAACUUCCUCCUGGGGAAAAUGAAUGGGACCAGUCAGCAAAAUAAUACAAGAUUGAAUUCUAUAGUGUUUACCCCGUUAUCACUUCUUAUUUUUUGUUGGAGGUAAAGCAACAGCUGGCAAAAGCAGGUUUUUUCCUUUUAUCAGGAGAUGUAAAGUGGCUUUGGUGCCAUUCCAACCCAUAUGGCAAAGGAUUCCUUUUCCUUGACUCUUGUGGCCAUCCACAGUGCAAUGCCUGAUUAGUUAAGGCCAUGGGCAAGAGGGAACUACCUUGUAAGAGGCAGAAGUUAUUAGAGGAAGGUGUUGUCAAACCUCUGUGGGGUAACGCUGAUCACUGCACACUUUUAGUUUUGAUAUCAUGAAAGAGUUGUUCCCUUAGGGACAGCACAGUAACAAAGAACUUUAAAAGGGCAGAUUAUAAAACUAUGAGGAAAAUGGUUAACAGCAGGCUGAAGGGCAAAGAGAAGUACUUAAAAACCAUAGAGAUCUGCCUGGAGGCUAUUUAAGAACAUUGUAUUAGAGGCACAGAUGGUUUGUAUACCUCUGAGCAAAAACAGCACAUGAGGAAGGAUGAAACUCAGAGGGUUACGUGGGAGAAAAGCGUGAGUAGAGAAAGGUUGAAAUGCAUCCCUUAAAGAUGAUGACUCUCUGAAUGACAGACUAGGGAAUGUUACCAGGAGAGUGUGGAAAGAGCGGGAAAGUCAGUGCUAAGAAAAAGACUAUAGCAGCUGCUGACUUUGGAUCCCCAGGAUGAAACACUGAAAAGAUUGAGUCUAAUAAUGUGCCUUUGAAAACUGGGCUACUCCAGAUGAGACUUCACCAGAAAAACCAAUGUACUCUUAAUCUCAGUUAGCUGGCACAAGCCAAAAUCUUAAUAAAGGAGUCUGCAGUUUUGAUAUGUGACCAGGCCAAAUUUAAGAGUAAAGGAGUCCAUUCAAACAUAGUUUCUCUAUGCUAGGACUUUAUUUUCACCUUGCGUUAUAUUCAGUUCCAAAAAUGUUUUUAAUCUUUGCUGAAGAAGGUAGAGAUUAAAAAAAAUAAAACAGUCCUAAAAACUCUAAUUUUAGUAAAAGCAAAAAACCCUGCGUUUGUUCUGGUACAGCUUUGGGCUGAGAGGGAGACUAUCUGAUAAGGACGUAGUGAGGUUUGCAGGGCAUUUUUACACCAAUGUGUAAUUGUACAGAUGCGAAAUUUUGUUGUCGUAUAUCUGAGAAUGAGAACACACUGAUUAUAAAUUAGGCAGGGAACAUUUCAAGUAUCACAAACCUGAUGAUGUGUGCAAAAAGAGUCCCUGUGAAAUCAAUGAAAGUUAUUUUCUGAUUUAAAACCAAGGAAAAGCAGGGGAAGGUUAGAACAACUAUUUUUACAGGAAAACUUUGAUGCACACAGUCUCACUGGGACUAGAGCCCUGGCAUCUAGGCUGUUUUAUUCUGCCCUGUUAAAUUGAAACAAACAAUUCAGCUGCCCGUGUCCCUUCUUUUCUCCUCUGACAUGCCAACUAUCUUGAGAGAAGAGAUUAAGCAUUGUUCUGAUGAGUGCCACAGCAGCAGCAGCAGCUUUAUAAUUUAAGGGCUGAAUAAAAUUUAUGGAGCACUGAGAAGAGCUUAAAUCAAUUUUAUGAUUUUCAUAAAUUAUUUCAGGCAGAUGAUGUUUGUGUAAAAAGCCAAGGAUUUUUGAGCUGUUUAUCAAAUGGACAACAACACUGAAAAUGGGGAUUUUCAAAGGCACCUGUGGGAAUUAUGCAUCUGAGUUUGAUGGGAGUUAGAAGACUUGUUCCUUUGAGCUACUUAGUGUUCCAGUAUAAAUUUUAAAUCAUUCAAAAUUGCUUAAAAUACUUGGGAAAAAUCAAAAUUAGAUGAGGGUCAAAUUCAGAGCAAUUAAAAAAUUUCAUUUAAAUGCUUAAUAUGCUUUUUAACAG